CUGACGGAGGCAUUGAUCCGUACUCCGCUUUAUCUGUUUAUGUCGCGAAUUUUACUCAACUGUUUACAAAACAUUGCGUGGAACAGCCGUGGUUUCACGUUAGUUUUUGAAGCAAACUCAGUUAUACCGAUAGCCGGGACCCGUUUUUGUCUACAUUACCCUGGAUCACAAGCGGGUUUUCUCCUAUGCGGAUGAGAGGAUCCCCUACCGCAUUUUUGUGCCUGCAACGUGGACUAUAAGCUCUACUACAGGAGACGGGAGAGUCGCGCUGUCGGAAUAAAAUUACUCUUAUAAACCACUUCUUUUUUUUUUUUUGAAAACGAAGAAGACGGACGUCGUUGUCCUGUGGUGGAUAUCCUUUAAGGAAUGCUGCUGUCCAAGCUCAAUUCUCUGGCCCACAUCUCCACCGUAGAUAUGCCGGCGAAAAUCCAGCUCCAAGUUCAUCAAGUAAAGGAGAGGGAGCCUUUCGAGAAGCUUUAUCAGGUCGGCGCAGUGCUGGGCAGCGGUGGGUUCGGCACCGUUUACUCCGGUACGAGGAUAGCCGACGGAGCUCCGGUUGCUGUCAAACAUGUAGCCAAGGACAGAGUCUCCGAGUGGGGAGAGCUGCCUAACGGCUCCCGGGUUCCCAUGGAGAUUGUGCUGCUAAAGAAAGUCGGGACGGGCUUCCGCGGCGUCAUCAAAAUGUUGGACUGGUUCGAGCGACCGGACAGCUUCAUCAUCGUGAUGGAGAGGCCCGAAAACGUCAAGGACCUGUUUGACUUCAUCACGGAGAAAGGUGCCUUACCGGAGGAGCUGGCGCGGAGCUUUUUCCGCCAGGUGCUGGAGGCCGUGCGGCACUGCCACAACUGCGGCGUGGUGCACCGGGACAUCAAGGACGAGAACAUCCUCAUCGACCUCCGCACCGGGGAGAUGAAGCUCAUCGACUUCGGAUCCGGAGCCCUACUCAAGGACACCAUUUACACAGACUUUGAUGGCACCAGAGUUUACAGCCCGCCUGAGUGGAUCAAGUACCACCGCUAUCAUGGGCGCUCUGCCACAGUUUGGUCCCUGGGGGUCUUGCUGUAUGAUAUGGUGUGUGGGGACAUCCCAUUUGAACACGAUGAGGAGAUUAUAAGAGGACAGGUCCUUUUCCGGAGAAGAAUCUCCACAGAAUGCCAACAGCUGAUCAAGUGGUGUCUGUCCCUGCGGCCGGCAGACCGUCCAUCCUUUGAGGACAUCAUCAACCAUUCGUGGAUGCAGAGCACAUCCUCCUCUGUAGUUCCCCCCACAGUGCAGACAGAGAAGACCACCACAGAGAUUAGGCUGCACAGCAUCAGCCACGAGCCCACAGCCUUCACACCCACCCCUGUGGCCGUGGCUCGGUGAUGGAGGCAAAAACUCUGGUCCGAACUGGACUGCACUGACACAAGAGACUAUUACAAAAGACUUAUGUAACAGACUUGAAGCAGAGAGGAGGGGGAGCAGGGCGGCUCACAGGCCGACUGUCCCAGCACAGACGAGAACAAGGUGUAAAGGACUACACACAGAGGAGGCCGAGGUUAUGACAAAACCAUCAACCCUUGGUUUGAACCUGGCAGGCCGCACCCUCUCCAUUCUCACCACCCAACUACUUGAUUUUCCCAGUCGUUGACCAGCAUCAGUGUCAGAGCAUCAUCUUCUCACGACUCUGAUCUGGGCACCGGGUGUUUAUCAGUCUGUAGGAGGGCAUGCUCUGUAUGCACAGACACCUGCACUGAGCAAAUACAGUACAUUGGUUCACUGUUCUGCUGAAUGGCGAGUGGACAGUCUGAGUUACGUAACUUCUUGUCAUACUGUACUCUGCUCUCUCCCUCUAUUUCUUGCUGUCACAGCAGAGUGGGAAGAGCAGAAGUGUUGGCGAAGGGAAGCAUGAUUUUUUUUUUUUUUUAAGUGCCUUCUGUGAGAUUGUUGGGGGAUCCUGAAAAUACUUGAAUUUGUGAAAGCAAAAAGGCUCUUCUCAACAACCUUUUUGCUCCUUACUCUGUACAAGGCUUUAUAUCGUUUAAUGCUGUUUUUUUUUUUUCCUCUCAUGGGCCUAGAUCAGUAAAGCCUAUGCCAUUUACAACCACUACUAUCACUACUUCUAACUACUCCAAUGUCAUUAGCAACCAGACAACCUCAUAGCUACGGCAGCAACCUGUGCAAACAAGUCAUAAAAAAAGAAACACUGGACUUACCUCACUCUCUUUACUACAGCACCCACCUCUACUCUACAACCUCCGCUUCCUCCUCUUCUCGUGUUGUACUGUAUACAAACACAAGGCUUAGGCAACCACUCAUUCACAUCCACCUGAAUGCACACCACAAUGCAAACUUAAAACCAUACCGAAAUACAACAUCCUCUGCUCUUCAAUUCAAUUUUUUUUUUGAAUUUUUACACAGUGCCUCACACAGGUCUUAAAAUUCGGUGGGGACAAGAAUUGUAAAUAAUAACAAUAUUUAUUAUUGCUGUGACUUCUUUCUCUCACAUUCGAUGAGUGUUUUUGUCACAGACUUUAUUUAUUUAUUUAUGAGAGAAUUUCGGCUGUACGUAUAUAUUUCAUUCCACAGUCACUGAAGGGCCCACAGAUUAUUUAAAAGACAAACAAAGAUGAGAUCUUUUUUUGACCAUAUUUAUGGCUUGAAAUUUUAAAAGAGCAGAUGUUUGUGUGUAUGUUUGUGUAUGUAUUGUAAAUAAUGUGUAAUUAGUCCCGAAAGCACUUCCAUCUUAAUGUAUGUAAACAAUGAACGUCUACUGAUGGUAACUGGUUUUGUUGCGCUGUUGUCUGCUGUGAGGGGGCGAGUGAAAUCUGAAUGUUGGGGGUGUGUGUGUGUGUGUGUGUGUGUGUGUGUGUGUGUGUGUGUGAGUGUGUGUGUAUGUGUGAGUGUGAGAGAUGUGAGAAUGAUAAAUCUCUAUCGGUUGCAUGAUUGCAGCUUGGAUUGUUGUGGUUUUUUUUUUCAUCCAUUCAAAUUAGAAUUGUAAAUUAUGUUAGAAACUAUUUUUAUACUAUUUCAAUAAAUAUUUUUUUAACUAUGA